GUCGCCAGUUGAGCUCAGUUCUAGACAUGGCAGCGCUGAGACAGGAGCAUCGGUAUGGACUCUCCUGUGGAAAAAAUAACAAAAACAUUCCCAAUAAGACUAUUUAUCACGUGAAACUAACCGACACUGCCAUUAGAACACUGGAAGCAUACCAAAAUCUCAAGGGAUCCUUACCAAAUCAGCCAGCAAUUUGCUUCAAGGGGAACCAGGGGUACAUCAAAAUUCCUGCUAGCACCCCUGAGGCUCCCGAUGCACUGCGUGUCUUCUCCUUCUACCUGUCCAGCGACAGCAAGGACAAACCUCAGGCCAGCUUCGACUGUAUACACCAGUAUGUCUCGGGGGAUGGCUGGGAACAUCUGGAGAGCCAGGGGAGCAUCCAGGAUAAGAUCACGGUGUGUGCCACGGACGACUCCUACCAGAUGACCCGCGAGCGCAUGUCCCAGGUCGAGAAAGACAUCAUGAGCAGGUCGGCCAUCGAGAUAAAGCCAGGCUCCACGCGUCCGAGUAAAUUUAUGAAGAUAAAGAAAAAGCAAGGCCUGCCCCCAUCUGUGGACAGUAUGAACAAACACUCACCCAACAACAAGAAGAGUGGGGCCCCUAGCCCUGUGGCCCACCGGCCCCUGAGGGACCGCGUCAUUCACGUGCUGGCCUUAAAGCCCUACAGGAAGGCCGAGCUGCUGCUGUGGCUGGAGAAGGAGAGGGCUAACCCCAAGGACAAGGCCGACCUGAGCUCUGUGCUGGAGGAGGUGGCUAAACUCAACCCCAAAGAGCACAGUUUCACCCUGAAGGAUGAGUUCUACCGACAGGUACAGCGAGACUGGCCAGGCUACGUGGAGGAGGAGAGGCAGCUCAUACACAGACUGCUCACCAGAAAGCUGCAGCCCCUGGGUCCCGGCCAGACGAGGAGUUUACAGCCCAACCAUUCAUUCCUCAAAACCCCGGGGGAUUCUCCAUCCCAGCUCAGUCCAGUCAAGCCUCCCUCUGUGAAACGCCCAGUGCCUUCCGACCAUUCGGAAAGUCCGACUCCCAAGAAGCAGAGAUUACUAGACCCAUGUUUGCCCCUCCAGUCACCUUCCAACGGACAUCUGAGCUCCUCGACAGGCCGUGCCUCGUUAGGCCCGAGGAACAGCAGUUUACCGACAAAACUGGAGUUUGACCGAACUAGCAGUAGCAUUCAGGACAGUCAAAAUGGCCUCUACCCACGACACAGCCAUAACCUCAGCGAGUCUGACGGUGCUGCCAAGCCAGAGCGGUUGCAGCCCAACGGCCCCGUGGCAAGCAGCCCCAAAACCCCACGGACUGACCCCCCAGUAUGCAAUGAGCAGCCGCUAGCCAAUGGCCAGCACAAAAAGAAGAAGUCCAAGAAGCACAAGGACAAAGAGCGCGAGCACUUAAAAACAGAGUGGGUGGAAACCAGCCCGGAUCUGAAACACCAUCAGGAGAAUCUCAACGAUCACGACAUGGCCAAUACACCUGUCAGCCCAGGCUCUCCAGAGGACAUUCACGACUAUUUAUUAAAAUACAUCACUAUAAUUGGCAGUGAGCAGCGUCAACAGUAUAAGGAGGACUUCUGUGCUGAGUACGAUGAGUACAGGGACCUGCACGACCGGAUCGGCAAGGUUACCGAGAUGUUCAUUCAGCUGGGCUCCAAAAUUAAAACCCUCUCACCCGGCACGCAAGCGUAUAAGUUAAUGGAGGACCAAAUACUGGAGAAGUAUAGAAAGUAUAAAAAGAAGUUUCCUGACUACCGGGAGGAGAAGAAGCGUUGCGAGUAUCUCCAUCAGAAACUGUCACACAUCAAAGGCCUCAUCUUGGACUAUGACCGGUCCCAGACCCCCUCAUAGUAAUGGCUUCUCCUCACUUCUCUAAGUGUGGCAGGACAGACCAAAAGACUCCCCCCUGAGGAAAUGCCCAGCACCAAGCCAGGCAUCUAGCCCUGCCAGAACCCAGAGCUGCUUUCACACUUUACUUCUCUCAAGGAAGAUAGAAAGAAAGAAAGACAAAGAAAGAAAGAAUGGAAAAGGAAGGAAAAAACCAGCCUGCGGACAUAAGGAAACGAGAGGAGUAACACUCAAGUUGGCCCAGACCACCAACUUGUAACAAUGCCUUUUAAUGUCCCUGGUUUUACGUUCACCAGAGCGAGAGAGUGCGAGCGUUCACGUGGGCUGGGAUUUGUGGUGUUGUAUAUAUUGUGAGACACAAUAAAAGCCAAAUCCUUUUUAUUUCUCUUGCUCGCUCUCAAAUGAAAUGGGGGAUAAGGCUUCUGCCGCCCUUGCUAUUUUUACAUUGGUAUGUGGCCAAGACGGAGAGGAGCCGCUAUUGUGUUCGAUUGGUACAAUCAUAAAGACAGGAUGAGUUAAGAGAAUCUUAAUACCCAGUCUGCUGUUUGCUCUGUAAUUGAGCACUAAAUGCAGUGUCUAUUUUGCUAUAUUACUGAAUGUACAUUUGUAAAAUAAAAACAUGAGAUCACAACAUAUAUUAAAAGAUGGGUUUAAAUCACUGGAUAUAAUAAGGGAAACCUGAGAGAUAGUCUAUACUGUGGGUAUCUAUGGAAGACGUACUCUGUACCUGGUGAUUCUGAUGUGUGUUUAUUUACUAGCCCGGCCCUGUUGAACUUGCCUCUGGUAGGGAGCCUCUCACUGCCUCCUCAUCCACUAAUUUGCAUCAAUCAUGGCCCUCUGCUUAAGUGAUACGGAAACCAAAAUGAGGAUGAGGAGGACGGGCGGCCACUUCUGUCCUCAUCCAAGCAAAGCGGAAGACAUUUCUCCAUGGCAAAGUGCUAGCGCUGUUACUCACAUGUAGGAUUCAUGAGGACAGCAGCAGCCUUCGUUCCCUCACCACUGUAUCAGGAGGCUUUUUCUCCAACCACUACAGCACAAUGGUGUCCUUAUUGCCAUAAUAAUAAUAAUAAUUACUACAUGUCAUUAUUAUUACUAUUAUUAUUAUUGGACACUGAAGAUAUAAACAGCAGACACAAUCAUGAUCUGAAAGCACAUUUAGUUUGUUUUUCUAUGUUCUCUUGAACUUUUCUUGUAUUUUCUGAAGUCUGUACAUUUGUUCAGUUGAGCCGUGUUUUUUGUUUGUUUGUCCCCCCCAACCACAACUCUCUGUGUUAAUGUUUUGUUUCUGUAAAAAUGUCUUAUUUUAACCAUUCCACUUGGAGUCCUCCUGAAGGUUACCUAUGGUGACAAUGCAAUGCCUUAGACCCAUGUAGUGUCCAAUGAUGAGGUUUAACCGAUUGUGCACCACAUUCUAGAAUGUUCUCGCCUCAUGUCAUGUGAGGAGCAAUGUUCCAAGUAGUAAUCAGAGGAUGACAUGUUCUCAGUCUUCUUCCUCUGGAUUGGGCUCUGCUGUGUUCUCAACUGACCUGCAGUUAAAAGACCAAAAGAUGAGAUUCUUUCGGUCAGAUGGCUUUUCAUUCUGUGCCAUCAACUGACAAACACAUAUAUCUCCAGUGUCCUGAACCUGCAUCAGAUAGCUAUGCCCAUGGCCUUGUGUGCAUCAUUUUCAACUGACAUACACUCAUAUAUUUCCAGUGUCCUGAUCUUGCAUCAGAUAGCUACACCCAUGACCUUGUGUGCAUUGUUUUAAUGGAAGAAAUGGAUAAGUAUUUUGUGUCAUUCUUGCGCUUUAAAGUUUCUCCUCUGGAGAGUGCUGAACUGUUAAGUAUUUCAUUCAGUGUUAGUUCUCAAUCAGAAUUCGGUUCCGAGCAAGAAAACUCUGAUAGAUUUGCCAAAUUAGGAUAGUUCUUUUUUAUUGUACGUUUGAUGUUUCAUUCCUACAUGGGGCUACUUCAUGUUUUGUUGUAGAUGCCUUAAAUAAACUGGACCGCAUACCUGAA